AUGCAAAUAAAAUCAAGUUACGCAUUGUUAUUAAGACGUAUUCGUGAUCAAUUUUUUCAAGAUCAACGCAGCAAGCUCCUACAACAUACUGAACUGAUAUUUGUUCAUUUGUUCAUUUCAAUUGCUAUAACGAUAAUAUUUCGAUUUCCUAACGCGUUGUAUAAUUCCUGGAAUGUUCCAUUUGUAAUGAAUCUAAAACAAUUUCGAGAUCAUUUGGAAACCAAUUACAAUUUGCUUGAUUUUUGGGGACUCCUUUCAUUUCAUUCCAUUCUUUUUCAGCCUCAGUAUCUUCAAGUUGAACUAGGCAUUGGUACUAUCGCAUCGGAUGCCAGCACCGUAUAUACAGGGUAUUCUGAAUAUAUCUGGUCAGAAAGUCUAAAAACUACAUUCGAUCGAGUCGUUGAACCAACUAUUAAUACGCCCAACAUGACACUAUACAUUAAAUUUGCAGCAAAUGGGCAAUCAUACGCAGACUUACAAUAUCCAUAUCGAUUUCAGUCGUUCAGUAUUACAACGCUACGCUGUAUUGUUAAACAAAUUGGCAUUCCGGCACGACAAUUUUUAAACUGGCCUGAAAAACAGUUGUACACUAAAAGUAUCGAAGAAAUCUAUCAGCGAAAUCCAAGCUUAAUCAACAAAACGGUAAUUAAAAGAUGUGGAAUUUUACUUGGAUAUCUGUACGGCCCUUCGACUGAAUCAAUUAGUAAAAAAUACAGGUGUGAACAACAAGCAUUGCGUGAUGAAGAAGAAGAAAGGCAACGUCACCUUCAACGGAUGAUUGAACAAGAACGAGAGCGUCGUCUUCAAUAUCUGAUCGACGAAGAAACAGAACAUCAGAUACGUGAAUAUGGUGACGACUUUAAUCGGAUUUUACAAGGUAUAACAUCAGCAUCGCCACGUGUUAUUGCAGAGUAUCGUAUGAAUGGCCCACUGACAAUCAAUGAUGGCCUUAUGUUUGAAGAGUGUCCUAUUUGUAUCACCGAUUAUCAAAUGAAUCAGCAAUAUGCUCGAUGGUCUUGUCCUGGCCAACACAUAUUUCAUUUCAAUUGCAUGCUGGAUGUAUUAAGAACAGACAACAGGUGUCCAAUGUGUCGACAUGCUGUUGAAGCUGCGAAUAUACUGGAUGCGUACUUCUCAAAUUGGCUUAUGCAACUAACUUUGUUGGAUGAUUUAUAA